CCCCCGUCAAGCAUCAAGCCUUGCUGGCAGUCAUCCAAGAUGCCCAAAGCUGACAUCAACAAAGCUGGUUGGGAACAGAGCGAGUUUCCUAUUCUCUGUGAGACAUGUCUCGGCAACAACCCAUUCGUCCGAAUGACAAAGCAAGAAUUCGGUCGUUCGUGUGGGACAUGUGCCCGCCCUUUUACUGUCUUUCGCUGGAACCCGGGGUCCGGCGCCCGCUACAAAACGACCGUUAUCUGUCAAACGUGCGCAAAAGUCAAGAACGUCUGUCAAACGUGUUUGUUGGAUCUUGAAUAUGGGCUACCGACACAAGUUCGCGACACUGCGCUCGGAAGACAGACUGAGGCUCCGACGAGUGACGUCAAUCGCGAAUACUACGCGCAGAAUAUGGAGAACAAUAUGGCGAAUGGUACGAAAUCCAUGAUGCAACUUGGUGGCAAGACGUCUUCGGCAGGGAAGGAAAUGCUGAAGGAGUUAGCCCGCACAAAUCCGUAUUACAAACGCAAUCGGCCCCACCUAUGUUCUUUCUUUGUCAAGGGCGAGUGUAAACGGGGGGAUGAAUGUCCAUACAGACAUGAGAAGGCGGUGGAGAAUGAGUUGUCCCACCAAAACAUCAAAGAUCGAUACCACGGAAACAAUGACCCCAUGUCUCUAUUUCUCUCUUCUCUGCCUGCUUCUAUUACCGAGGCAGAAAUCCGCACGCACGUGGUAAAUUCCUUGCCUCACGUACCGUCGUCUCAGCUCAGGUCGAUUGUUCACGUGGCGAAGUCCAGAUGUGCCUUCGUCAAUUUCAAGGAUCGGGUAUCUGCUGAGAGAGCUGCUGAGGGAUGGGCGAGGGGCUUGGACGUAGACGGUCAACGAGUGAGUGUCAGGUGGGGGCGUAGCAAAAAUGGUGGUGCGUCUAAGGCAUCAGCAAGUUCGUCGAACACACCAACAGCGACAAUAACUGCAUAAGGUAGAUGUAUCCCCUAUGUAAUUUCGACUUUUUCUGUAGAACAUUACUUGGAUGCUGAAUGGACAUUCAAUAUAGCAGGGAUGUGGCAGUAAG